CAUGCAUACUUAAUGUUUAGAAUUUAAACAAGCUAGACAGAAUAUACAAGGAAAGAACAGCUCAGAUGACACAAGCACAAGUAAAUCAAAACGUCGUCAACAUACGUGGAGUACUUCUAGCACGGAUCUGUCGUCGUCAAGGGAAGAGGUUCCUUUGGAAACAGUGUCGAUGGAGAGUAAUAUUGGAACUAAUGACUGUCCAUUGACUGGCGGCAUAUCAUCUGUUCUUGGAGAUGGAUGUACUUCAGGAACUUCAGUUUUAAACUUAAAAGGAGACACUUUUAUUUUUGGGGACCAAAAAACAAUUAAAAUAGCAAGUGUAACUUACAACAUACGAAGAACUGAAGAGGAAGGAAAUAUACAACGGGAAGAGAACUUUCUAAAGCAGUUCAACGCUGUAGAAGAUCUAUUUGUAGAAACUAGAGGAUAUAUUGAUGCAGAGGAAAAACUCAAUAAAAACCAUCACGUGUUGAUUACUGGUUCAUCAGGUGAAGGGAAAUCGUUUAUAGCUAUGAAGCUUGUGAAUCAAAAGAUGUCUGAAGGGUACAGUUUAAGGGAAGUUGACAACAUUACACAGUGGAGAGAACUGGUUCAGUGGAGAAAGAAACAAGUUGUUUUGAUCGAUGAUUUAUUUGGGUUCACCUACUCUUCUGACAAGGAUGAUGAUAAUCAAAGACUGAUAACUCAUAUUGGUCUAAUUUUUGAUGAUGAAAUAAAAAAUGAAGACUGUUUGUUCGUUGUAAUGACAUGCAGAAAAAGUGUUUUGUCAAGAGUCUUGGAAUAUCUCAAGUCAAAUCAGUUACUUGAUAAAACCAACAUUGUUGACUUGUCGGAUGUCGGAUUAUUGCCAUCAGAACGUAUGGAAAUCCUCGACACGCAUCUAUUAAAAUAUAGAGCACAUAAAAAGAUUUUAGCUUUAGAGAAGCAGAAAAUAAUAGAUAGCAAUUGUCCAAUUGGCUAUCCGAAUUGUGUCCAUAUGUUUACAAAGAACGAUAAGCUUUUUGAUAAAGGUAGUGAAUUCUUUACAUCUCCCAUCGAAUAUGUUAGAAAAGAGAUACACCGAUUACAUAAGGCUGAUGCUGAUGUAUAUGCUCUUCUUGUAUUCUUACUUAUUAGGGAUGGAGAAAUCAAAGAAGUUACUCUUAACCGACUUUGUAGUGAAAGUGAUGAAUUUUAUCUACUUCAAAACAUUGUUCAUUUCCCAACUGUAAGACAGUUCACCACGCGCCUAAAAUCAGCAUUGAAAAGAGUUGAUGAUGCAUAUAUUUCACAAGAAGGCACAACGAUACAAUUUACACACUCUUGUGUUUUAGAGGCCGUUUGUCUGUCUUUCAGUGAAACAUUAGAGCACGAGGCAAUAAAAUGGCUUCCAUUUCGAUUCAUUGUUAAGCGUGUUCGAACUACUGAGUUUAAGAAAUCAAUUGAUGAUGAAGUUGUUACGAUACGAGAGGCCGAGUACGAAGAUCUUUCUGCAAGAUUUAUUGAAGAAAUCAAACGUGGGAACAUCAUUGAAGUUUGUAAACAUCAAGCGUUUGCAGUUCAACGGUUUGUGAACAGCUUCAUUGGUCUGUUGGAGAGCUUAAGAAGAGAUGAUAUAAACAGGCUUCGUUUUAUUUUACAAGUCACGGAACAGGAAAACCAUCAAUUGGCAUUGUUAAAUGGAUCUUUGUUAUACUGGGCUUCUUCUCUUAAUGCUUUUCAACUUUGCUUAUUGUUGCUUAGUCGCAAGUUCUAUGACUGUAUUGAGGACAAAUUUUGGGUUCGUAUACAAGCAUCAGCUGCAUUUGUACCAGCCUGCUGGUAUGGAUUCCCGUCUCAUAUGUUAAAGGGUUUAAUCAAUCUAAUGGCAGACGUUAAUAGUUCUAUCCACGAAAAAAGAGUAUCUCAAACUCAUUUCUGUGAUUGGUGUACGGUUCAUGACAGAGAAGGAAUGUCUGCUAUACAAGCGACGAUCUUUGGUGAGAACCUACGUAAAAAUGAAACAUUGUUGUUUUUACUUGAUUACAAAGCUAAGUUUAAAGCAAUUUCAAACCACAGACCAUUAGUGGGAGCAGUACUAAAUUUCGUGAAAGAUGGUAACAGUAUAUCAAAGUCAGACAACUCGUUGAAAGCUAUAAGAACUUUACUUGAUGGGGGAAUAGACGUCAACUGGAAAGAUGCACACGAAAGGACAGCAAUUUGGUACUCUGUCGUUUAUGACAAUAUUGAUAUUGCAAAAUUAUUGAUAUCGAAAUCUCAGAAUAUUACAACCCAGUCGUUGCUGCCUUUUGCAAAAAGUAUAGGUAUGGUUCAAUAUUUGGAAGAUCGAAAUAUCGAUCAAGAUUAUAAACAGACAGACGGGCAUGGUAAAACAUUGUUGCAUAGAGUGCAACAUGAUAGUUUAAUUCAGUAUUUCAUAGAUAAAGGUUGUUCCAUUAAGCAAAGAGAUAAAGACGGAAGAACUCCAAUUUUUUAUUCUAAUAGUGUGGCUAUAUGCAAGAAAAUGUUAGAAAUGGGCAAUUCAAUAAGAAUAGAAGAUUUUGAUGGCAAAACAGUCCUUCAUUUUAUAAAAAACAUCGAAAUAAUAGAAUUUAUUCUGCAGAGUUUUCCCGAGAAAGAAGUACAGAGAAUAUUAAACACAGCUGACAAAUGUAAUCGCACCCCAAUUUUUACUGCUACAUCUCUUGAAGUAAUUCAUUUGUUAAUAAAGUAUAAAGCAAACAUAAAUUAUCAAGUAAAGGAACACAGUAUUAGUGAACAAGGCUACAUGAUAACAGACGAUCAACCAGGAUUGAAAAUAUAUGUCAUACCUAGAGAUUCAAAACCGCUUAAGGCUUCUUCAAUUUACUGUGCUAAUUAUUUGAAGAGUCUUCCAAAUAUCUUCCCGAAUUUACAAGACGAUGACGUGGAAGAAAUGGACUUAUUAACAAGUACAUUAUGUCCAACAAUGUCAUCGGAAUCUUUGGAAACUAAUGUCAGCACACAAGUAACUAGAGAAAGCACGGAGUAUGGCAUAGAGUCGAGUGAAGAGGACACACGAAGGGAGCGAUACACAAUUGGUAUGAAACUUGCUUUAAACGGCAAAAUAACUGAGAAACUUGUUCGGGAUUUGAUUGACAGUGGGACCAAUUUCAGCCUUACAGAUGACGAAAAGAAUACAUUUUUACAUUAUAUGGUUUCACCAGAUCAUAAAAUUAAAGACACACCAAAGAUAGUCGACAUGGUUUUAAAAUCAAUGACAUCACAACAACGGAAACGUAUAGUAAAUCAACAUAACUCUUCUGGAAACACAGUACUGCAUUUAGCUUGCUCUUGCACAGAUGUUAAUAAGCUUCUCCAUUCUACAAGACAUUCACUUGUCAGUAUCUUGUUAAAUGCUGGUGCAGUAACAAACAUAGCAAACAAUAAUGGCGAAACGCCCUUACAUUGUCUAUUCAAAUGUACAUGCUCUGAAAAAUUAGAAAUCGGUAAACUGCUGAAGCAGAACUCACAGUUAGAUCUCCAAGUAUUCAUCGAAAACCGAUCCAAGGAAAUUCCACUCCAAAGACUAUGCUGUAUCCAGGACCAAUCAAAUCGUUUCACUAAAGAUGCUCAAAACGUAAUUGAAUUAUUGUACAAGGUUGACUUUCUUAAAGAAUUUUUCCUAAAAAAUAUCGAAUAUUUUUUGACGAAUUCUAACGUUUUGAUUAUUGAAACUGUAUAUCAGUGUUGUCAAGAACUAUUGCAAAACGAAAUAAAUUCGCUUGUCAAUGUAUGUUCUAGAGAUUCACAUAAAUUGAAUGUACAAACAUGGAUACUAUUGUCACUUAUUGAAACAGCAAACAAAAAAGAUUUGUUAGCAGAAAUGAACCUUCAUGGUGACGAUAGACAUAUCAUACUGACAAGUUGUAUUUCUAAAAUACACGAAAAACGCAGACGAAUUUCAGUAUUAAAUUUAUUACUGAAUAACAUAAAUGACAUCAAUGAAAAAGAUAGUGAAGGUAGACCUCUGAUUGUCAAUGCAUUAUUGGCAUGUCGAUACCAUAGAAACGAUAUGUAUAGAGUUAUUAAACUCUUUCUGAAAUUUGGUGCUGAUCCAAAUAUUGAGGAUAAGGAUGGAUUAUCCCCCUUCCACCACUGUAUUAUGUCAAGUGCAGGUGACGACUAUGUUUUAAAGUGCAUCAAACUUCUACAGGACAGCAAAGCAAACUUAGAAGUAGGUCGUCCAUUGAUUUUAGCUGCACAAGUAAACAGAUUACGAACAAGAACUGUAAGAUUUCUUCCAAAGAUUGUUUCUCCUGAUGAAAAAGACGAAACAGGAAAUGCCAUACAUCAUUUAGUUGUUUCCUAUUCUAAAUACAGUCAUAGUUUCCAAGUAUCAACAACAACUUUAACAGCGCUUGUUGAACGGGGUGUUGAUAUUAAUAUGUACAACGGUAAUGGCGAAACACCUUUGCAUGUUGCUAUGCGAUUACAUGUCCAACCCCACGCUGUUAUAGAAAUGCUCAGAAACGGCGCUGACGUAAACAGAGAAAAACGAGAAGCAGACAAUUCACUGGGAUCGGAACCAAUGGAAAUUAGCGAUUCUGUACAGGAAGAAGAAUUAUCUAUUGAUCAAAAUGGGAAAUCAUCCUUUCAGUACAUGCUAGUAUAUUAUAAACUUAACAGUCUUUCGGUUGUAAGGGAAAUGUUAAAAUACGGAGCAGACCCAUUCCAAAAAGAUACACAGGGACGAAAUUCAUUUCAUAUUAUCACUACUAUGAUGACACCGGAUUCGUUCAAAAUUCUGCUUUUACUUUUAAGUCAUUUUGAAUAUUCAGGGGGAGAUAAAAAUAUACAAGACAAAUUCGGUAAUACGCCAUUGCAUUACGCGUGUACAAUAGGAGAUAACGAUGAUGGAUAUUGUGCAUCCUUGCGUGUGGCUGUUAUCCGUAUUCUGAUAGCCCAAGGAUGGGACAUGAAUAUGAGUAACAGUCUUGGACAGACUCCGUUCCAUCUACUUGUUCAUCAAUAUCAUCAAUUUACUAACAACUUGAAACCCGAAACAGAAAGGUGUGUACACAACAUCGUAGCUAUUAUGAACAUUUUUCUUGCAAAACGCGUCGAUCUUUCAAGAAAAGACAGAGACGGAAAAUCCAUUAUUGAUUAUAUUGAUACCUGGAAGGUCAGUGAGUUGAAAAAUUUGGUGGAAAAUACUAAAAGACCAGAGGAUUUACUGCGAUCUUUCGAAUGUGUAUUCAGUGAAAGUCGUAACUGAUUGAGAGUAUUAUCUAAACACCAGCGUCACUUUUUAUAUUGGAAGCCUGCAAUAAGUAUUGAGAUUUCCAUAGUUGAUGAAAUAUUUUUCUCACAAAAAAAGACCAAGAUGUGAUUGCAUUCCCUAUACCGAACCUGCAACAUGUCGAUCUUUCAAGAAAAGAUAGAGACGGAAAAUCCGUUAUUGAUUUUAUUGAUACCUUGAAGGUCAGUGAGUUGAAAAAUUUGGUGGAAAAUACUAAAAGAACAACAAAAUACUGUGACAACGAUUGCACUCUUUUAGGAAAGUCUUUUGUUUUCCAUAGGCUCUAGAAUAGAUAGGCAAAAUAAUUGUUAGCAGUAGACAUGAAAGUGACUUAUUUAGUUUAAUAUGGAGGUUACCCAGUUGUUUAUUGUAUUAAAUAUAAAUAUGGCA